ACGAUUGUAAAAUUUUAGUCGAUAGUGAUUGUAGGUAUAUGGUUGUAUGUGAAUCAGUUUAAGUUGAGCGUUGAGCCAAGAUUGUAGUGUCAUUUGCAGUCCACUCAGGUGGCAAUGCGAGGCGCACCGGACAUUCAAAGUGCCAAUUGUUGUUUCUAGUUUAACUAAAAAAGAAAAUUUUUUUUUUUUUUAAUUUUUUAAAAAUCGUGUGAAUUUUUUUUAAACCGAAAAACAAAAAAACAUGGCGUUUACGCCAUACAAAUUUUUUGCACUAUGUGCUAUUUUCAUACUGAUUUGUGGAUUUACAGCUACAAAAACUGAAAGCAUUGAAAAUUUGGAAUCCGAAUGUCGACCAUACGUGGAAAAGGCACUAAAAGAUCAAUUACAAAAAGGUGACCCAGCAUUGCAACCUUCAGACAGUGCGGAAAGUCAGGAAGCCGGAGGAGAUAGUGCAGAAACAACGACUGAAACUGAUGAUAAAAGUCAAGAAGAUGGUCAACCCGAAGAGAAAGCAGCUUCAUCGGAAAAUGUAAGUGGAGGGGAUGAAGCACAAGUCGAAACUGGUGGAAGUGCCGAAGUUGAAGGAGAAUCUCAAAACUUGGAAACUGCAAGUGAAGAUGUUUCAACAGAAAAAUCGAGCGACAUUAAUUUGAUUCAACCAGAAGAUGAAAUUGCUUCUGAGUCUGAAGAGCAAACUACGGAUGCUCAACAAUCAACCGAAAUAAACGAAGACGAUGUACAAGCCGAUCAGGCACCCGAACCUGAAUCGACUGAGGAACAAAAUGUUGAAGAUAAAACUUUGGAAGAAGCUCAAUCAGUUGAGGUGAAAGAAGAUGGAGAAACUGAACCACCAGAAAGUACCGAAGCUUCUAAAGAAGCUACAGAUGAUGCCGCGUCUGCUGAAUCAGCUCAACAACAAGAUGAACCAUCUGAAGCUACCGAGGAAAAAGAAUCUGCUGAGCAGAAAGACGAAUCUGCUGAACAAAAAGAUGAAUCCGCUGAGCAAAAAGAUGAAUCUGCUGAACAAAAAGAUGGAUCCGCUGAACAAAAAGAAGAAUCCGCUGAACAGAAAGAUGAAUCCGCUGAACAAAAAGAAGAAUCCGCUGAACAGAAAGAAGAAUCAGCUGAACAGAAAGACGAAUCUACUGAACAGAAAGAUGAAUCAACUGAACAAAAAGAUGAGUCAGCUGAACAGAAGGAUGAAUCUGCUGAACCGAAAGAAGAAUCCGCUGAACAAAAAGAAGAAUCUUCUGAACAAAAAGAAGAAUCUGCUGAGCAAAAAGAAGAAUCAGCUGAACCGAAAGACGAAUCUACUGAACAGAAGGAUGAAUCUGCUGAACAAAAAGAUGAAUCUGUUGAACAAAAAGAUGAAUCUGCAGAACAAAAAGAGGAUUCUGCUGAUAGCGGAGAAUCUAAAUUAGACGAGAAGCCUGAUAGCGGUGAAUCAGCGGUAGAAUCAGCAGAAAAACAAAGUGAAGAUAGCAAAGAAGCUGAAGGCAGUGUAGAAGAAACUAAAGAUGCUGAAAGUGCGGAAAAAACAUCUGAUGAUAGUGGUGAAGCUCAAGACAAGAAAGAUCAAUCUACUGAAGGUGAUACCAAAGAAGCAAGUGACAAACAUGACGAAACUGAAGAAAAGAAGAGCGAAGAAGCAAAAUCCGAUGAAGAAAAAGCUGCAGAGAGUGAUGAAGCUAGCGCUGAACAAAUUGAUGAGUUAGCUGGGGAAACAAAUGCAACUGAAACUUCAGUUGAAGAGACUGAUGAGGAUGAAUUAACAAAAGAAUUUGUUAUACCUGAAGUACGGCGACCAAGAGAUCAGCUAAUUGAAUUACUCCACUUAGAUGAAGAAUCGACUGUAAAUGAGCUUGCAUUGGCUAAAGCUGCUGAUACAACUUUAAGAGAAUUAAAACGGCUGUACGAUUCAGCUAUAAAACCACUAGAAAUUCUUUAUAAAUAUCGUGAUCUCAGUAACCGACAUUUCGGAGAUCCCGAAAUAUUUUCCAAGCCAUUAAUUUUAUUUAUGGGUCCGUGGAGUGGUGGAAAAUCUUCAAUUAUAAAUUAUCUCUUGGACAAUGAAUACAACGAAAACUCAUUACGAACUGGUGCAGAACCAUCCCCAGCUUACUUUAAUAUCGUAACUUGGGGCCCAGAACCAGAAAUCUUAGAUGGUACACAACUUGCAGCUGAUUGGACUUUCUCUGGUCUACAAAAAUUCGGACAAGGAUUAGAAGAUCGUUUACGUGGUUUAAAAUUACCAAAUAAACUUUUAGAGAAGGUGAACAUUGUUGAAAUUCCUGGAAUUUUAGAAGUACGCAAACAAGUGUCACGUGUUUUCCCAUUCAAUGACGCUUGCCAGUGGUUUAUUGAUCGAGCUGAUAUCAUUUUCUUAGUAUAUGAUCCAUCAAAAUUGGAUGUGGGUCCAGAAACUGAAGCAAUAUUGGAUCAAUUAAAAGGGCGCGAAUAUCAGACCCGUGUUAUUCUCAAUAAAGCAGAUACCGUUAAACCUGAAGAAUUAUUACGAGUCCAGGGUGCUUUACUUUGGAAUAUUUCACCAUUAAUGUCAUCAGCUCAACCACCCAUUAUUUACACCACUUCAUUGUGGUCCACCCCAUUCAAUCCAGGUUCACCUGUAAAGCUUCUUCAAGCUCAAGAACGAGCAUUCUUAAGGGAUAUACGUCAAGCAAUUGAUAAACGUGUUGAGAAUAAAAUUGCCAGUGCAAGACGAUUUGCGGUACGUGUACGAAAUCACGCAAAAAUGGUGGACUGUUAUUUAACAACAUACUACAAUCACAAAACAUUCUUUGGAAAUCGUAAACAAAUCGCUGAUGAUAUUAUCGAAAAUCCACAACAAUAUCACAUCUACGAAGGAUUAUCUACGUUGAAGAACAUCUCACGUUACGAUCUACCAGAUCCAGAUUCAUACAAAGAUUUCUUCCGGCUCAAUGCAUUAUACGAUUUCCAACAACUCUCCGCGACAUGCACAUACUUUAAGGGAUGUCCAAUUAAUCGACUAGAUGUCUGUAUUGCAUACGAUUUACCAGAAUUAGUUGGCAAACAUAAGAAAUUAGUGGAACAAUCAUUAGGUAAAACUCAACUCAAUAGUUGAGCGGGCACAAGCAAAGCCAUGCCAAAUGCAUUCAACUGAACAUUUAGCCAAAAAAACAAAUAAAUCCACAUUUUUUUCAUGACAUAUCUCAAAACAUUUCGACAUCUUUUUUUAUUUUUUAAUUUUGCUGUAUAUUUUUUUAGUUUUCAGCUUUUUUUAUGGAGUUCACCCAUAAUCCUAAUUUUAUUCCUAUUUAUUUCAGUCACUAUACGUACGUUUAGGAUCAGUUUUAGGCUGAGCGCACAUUGAAUUCAAGCAUCCAUUCUUUUUAUGAGAGUGAUCAUCUCUCGAUCUAUGAGGGAUCAAUCUCUCUCAUUGUAGGGGUCAUUCCAUAAAAGCUCCAGUGACUUUAUUAAUUGCAGGAUAAUCGGAGAAAUAGUGCAAAUCAAAAAAAUUCUUGCAGAACCUUUUUUUAAAUUCGUUCAGUUAAAUUUAAUUGAAAUCCUCGGUCGCACAGAGUCCUGAUACCUCCAGAACUUGUUAUGAGAGGACAUUUAUCCAAAUUAGAAAACUUAUAAGUGCAGUUU